AUGCAUUUCCAUCUUCAAUCCGAGGACAUCCUCCUCCGGGACUACUCGCUGCACACCACCGUCAGCGGGUUCGUCCGCGGCAACUUUACGCCGACCUCCAUCGAGGAGCGGCCGUGCUACGACCAGCCCUACUUCGUGCCGCGCUCCGACCGCGCCCACUACUGGCUCGAGGAGUUCCGCCCGAGCGGGUACUACUUCCGAGCCCGGUACAGGAGGGGCCGAGGGUCGAGAAGACAUCUACCGUCUUCCUACUUGUUCAACACCACCGUCAGCGGGUUCGUCCGCGGCAACUUCACGCCGACCUCCAUCGAGGAGCGGCCGUGCUACGACCAGCCCUACUUCGUGCCGCGCUCCGACCGCGCCCACUACUGGCUCGAGGAGUUCCGCCCGAGCGGGUACUACUUCCGAGCCCGGUACAGGAGGGGCCGAGGGUCAAGCGGGUUCGUCCGCGGCAACUUCACGCCGACCUCCAUCGAGGAGCGGCCGUGCUACGACCAGCCCUACUUCGUGCCGCGCUCCGACCGCGCCCACUACUGGCUCGAGGAGUUCCGCCCGAGCGGGUACUACUUCCGAGCCCGGUACAGGAGGGGCCGAGGGUCAAGCGGGUUCGUCCGCGGCAACUUCACGCCGACCUCCAUCGAGGAGCGGCCGUGCUACGACCAGCCCUACUUCGUGCCGCGCUCCGACCGCGCCCACUACUGGCUCGAGGAGUUCCACCCGAGCGGGUACUACUUCCGAGCCCGGUACAGGAGGGGCCGAGGGUCAAGCGGGUUCGUCCGCGGCAACUUCACGCCGAGCUCCAUCGAGGAGCGGCCGUGCUACGACCAGCCCUACUUCGUGCCGCGCUCCGACCGCGCCCACUACUGGCUCGAGGAGUUCCGCCCGAGCGGGUACUACUUCCGAGCCCGGUACAGGAGGGGCCGAGGGUCAAGGUCUAAGUCCAGCAGUGGACGUGCUCCAAGAUCAUCACCGUCAACGGGUUUCUGCAAUGGAGGCCACAUGCUGGCAAGCGCAGCGUCAGACGACCUCAUAAAAGUAGCAGAAAAGGUGCUGGAUACAGGCAGUAACCAACCGGCUAACCUAAAAAUCAUUAGGGGAGGCGUAUGUUCAGCAUUCAACGUCCUCCAAGACCGUUCGCUGCACACCACCGUCAGCCGGUUCGUCCGAGGCAACUUCACGCCGACCUCCACCGAGGAGCGGCCGUGCUACGACCAGCCCUACUUCGUGCCGCGCUCCGACCGCGCCCACUACUGGCUCGAGGAGUUCCGCCCGAGCGGGUACUACUUCCGAGCCCGGUACAGGAGGGGCCGAGGGUCAAGGUCGGUGGGGUCGCGAAGAAGACGCGGGCCCGGGAGGAGGCGGUUCCUGCCAGCGCGCGUGGUCAGCGGGCCGCUGGCCAGCAGGAGCGUGCUGCUACAGUGGGCCCUGACGGACUCGCUGCACAUAGAUGCUGAGGAGACUAGUGUUGUUUUUAGGUUUUUUGUUUGUUUCAGGUUACGUUAUAGGAAGACAACGAGUGCCACCAUAUACCAAGUGUUCUUUACUAAAAUUUUAAGGCUAGAAUGCGCUAUACGACUGAGAGCGGCGCGGAGUGGGAAGGUGCAUUCCGGGCACCUGCCUCGCACCCACGGCUGUCGGCUCCUCAUCCCGCAGCCGUCACCAAAAAACGCCCUGCUUGUAGAACUCCAUAAACUGAACGUACCCUGCGCGGCGGGGUUCAUACGCUUCGCUCCAAACACGCCCACUCUCUGUGGAAAACUCGACCAGAUCCCACCGCCGAGCAGAAAGUUCAUGUACUCCUCAAGCUCCAAAAACCCAGCGGUGGAACUCCACGGCCGGCCCUCGUUCGCCGCGACCUACCGUCUAGUAGAUCACUGCCAUGAUAUCCUACUGACGGCUCGGAACGGCUCGUUCGAGGUCGGCCCAGCUGUGAAGCUGUUCUGCUCGUACCACAUCCACUUGCCUUACGGAAACCGAGUUGCGUUGAGACUGCAGAUGGGCACGGGACCAAAGAGUGUGAAAGAGAAUGAUUUGUCGAAUAUAAUACAUGAGGAUGCCCUCGCCCGGUGUAGAGGGAUGGAGCUGACGUUGGAGGAUGGGGAGUCGAGAUGGAAGCACUGUUCGCAGCCAGGGGACCCUUUGCGUAGUGUUCAGAUUAUAUCUGAAGCGAAUUCUGUGCGACUGAACAUUAGUGUGCUAGCGAAGAAGAAUUCUUCGGCGAUGUGGUUGAAGGUGUGGUGGAUGGAUAAAGCAAUAGAGGAUGUGGUGGGGCAUUGUGACUACGGGUGGGUGUUGUCUGGAGACUUCUGCAUAUCGGCCGUGAGAGAGGCGAAGAGGCCGUGGAGGCAGGCCGAGGCUGAAUGCGUGCGGUUGGGAGGACAUCUGGUCAGCGUGCUGAGUGAACGACAACAACAGAUUAUAGACCAAAUGCUAAUACAUGUGCCUGGCGCAGGAGUGGACGACGUGUACUGGAUCGGCGCCACGGACUCUGUUCAAGAAGGCGAGUUCAGAUGGUCGGACGGCCUGCCUUUUUCCUAUGCCCACUGGUUCCCUGGCUGGCGCAAACACAGCAGCCAGCCGAACGACGACGGCACCUCCGGCCAGGACUGCGUGGAGGCGCGAAGGGAAUUCCCUCCACGACCACCACCUGCCACGACCACCUUUAUGUGGAACGACAGAGGGUGCAGGGAACACAACUACUUCGUGUGCGAGCGGCCUAGCGUAGAUGAUCCAUACACAGCGUCCAAGAUCCAGUGCAACGAGACGAUAGUGGUGUCCCGCUCGCGGCCGCAUGCCAUCGUGUCGAGUCCCGGCUUCCCUCGCCCCUACCCAGACGAUGCGGACUGUGUGACACUACUGCGAGCGCCGCCCGCCCACACCAUACGCGUGCACUUUGAAGAGCUGCUGACAGAACAUGAACCACAGUGA